AGAGCGAGAGAGCGAGAGAGAGAGAGAGAGAGAGUAUGUGUGAGUGAGAGAGAGAGAGAGAGAGAGAGAGAGAGAGAGAAUAAGGGAAUGCUGAACUGCAAUGGAGCAGAAUACCAUACAGUGGUUAGGCCCUCCCUGCUGCCGGCGAGGCACCUUUGCCUUCUACAAGUCGGUGUGCUAUAGGCCGGAGGCUGGGGCCCCUGUUAAGGUGUGGACGCUGGGUGAGUUCUACUAUGUGCGCUGUGGCCCUCAGGAGCCUGUGUGCAUUGCAGAGGUCACCCUGCUGUGGGAGGACCAGAAACAGGGCCACCUACUGGCCAGCUCCAGGCUCUACUUUCUCCCAGAGGACACCCCCAAGGGCAGGACUGGGGAACAUGGAGAGGAUGAAGUCCUCGGUUUGUCAAAGAAGAUCGUGGUCAAAGUGGAAGACUUGGUGAACUGGACCUGUGUAGAACCACCCCAAUGGAAACAUAGCUGCCCAAAGAGCAAUGGCCUCCACACACCUGACAGUUCCCUGGGUGAACCUCAAGGAGUGAAAACCGAGGGUAAGGAUAACUAUGGUCCUCUUGCAACGCAACAGAGGGUUAAGGUGCUGAGUUACCCCCAGUACUGCCGCUUCCGCUCUCUGCAGAAACGCAAGGACCAGGCAGGCUCCCCCAGUCUGCAGGACCCUCACCUGUUGGCUUUGGGAGGACAAAAAAUGGCCCUGCACAACACACGAGUCAUGUACUGCAGGGACAUUUUCAACCACCCAAGUCUUGGGGCCAGCCCAAGUUUAAUGUCUCAGUUUGGAUGCUCUUCUCUAAGCCUGAAGGGACGACCACGGAAAAGAAGGGGCAGAGACGGCAGUGGGGCCGAACAGCAAAACUUCAGCCAGUCCGAAACAUGGGGAGAGAGGCUGAAGGAAAACCUGAUGGGCGACGUGGAGAUGGGAUGGGAGGGGAGCUGGCUCCCCCAUCCUGAAGAGCAGCUCUUCCUGGACCGGCUGUAUCUCUUCAUGGAGCGUCGAGGGUCCCCGAUCAGCAAGGUCCCCAAUCUGGGCUUCAAGAAAAUUGAUCUCUUCCUCAUGUAUUCGGUUGUCAAAAAGCUGGGAGGCUAUGAGGCGGUGACAUCUCGGCGAUUGUGGAAGAUGGUUUACAAUGAGCUGGGUGGCAGCCCAGGCAGUACCAGCGCUGCCACCUGUACCAGAAGGCAUUAUGAAAAGUUAAUGCUCCCAUAUGAGCUGCACAUAAGGGGAGGAAAUCAAGAGCAGAGUAAACCCAAAGCUACAGCAACGUCAGCUGUAUGCAUCAAAAAGCCUGUGCGUGGCAGAGGAUCACAGGGUGCCACGAAGAAGAAUGGGGUCACUAGCCAGGCAGUACCACCAGAUGGCGUGGUGGUGCGAAAAAGAGGAAGACCUCCGGGUAAAAGGAAUGCUAAAGGUCUGGCUAAGAACAGAGUUGGGAGACCACCUUUAAUUACCAGAAUUCGCAGAGAGCAGGUAGCAAUUAAAGAACCCCAAACGUUGCCAGACUACCAGCAAUUAAGGGUUUCUCAGCCUCCAGCAUCCAUCACUCAUCUGCCCUUCCAACCUAAAGUGGUUGAAGAUAUGAAGAUAGACCUUGAACCUUCAGCUCCUUCAUCAUUGCCUAGUCAAUCUAAGCUUCAGAUUGGAGGUUCUUUGGAGGGCUUCAGCCCCACCAAAGGCAUGUGUCCUUUGGACCUCUUCAGGGCUCGUUUGGGCCUCAGUGGAGUGGGUGGCCUAGAGAGAACUCCUCAAGACCCCUCAAUCCCUCAUCAGACAACUUUGCUCAGCCAGACCAAGGCCAGGAGUCCUGAAAUGCCUGAGAAUUUACAGCACCAGUGUUCAGGGUGUGGCGUGGAGAAUCUGACCUGGACUGGAGGCCCCAGAGACGGUCGGACUACCAGACCACCCCUUCCUCCUCUCAAGAUCCUUCCACUGGACAUUGACUGUAGCUUGCAGUUGCGGCAAUUGAUGCGAACACGCCUGGGCUCGGCACACAGGAAUUCAUUCACCAAGCGCCUCUCAGAAGCUCUGACUCAGGACCUUAGCAAGACCUACCAACCCAACGGCCAUGCCCUGCCCGUUCCUCAAGACCAGGCUGUCCCACUCAAUCUGAGCAAGAAAGCCACCGCCAAGAGGUCUUCUGAUGACACAGAGGUUAGGGAUUCGCAGUGCCAAAACUAUGGAGAAUUGCAGGCCAAGAGGCUAAAGAUGGAACCUGAAGAUCUGCGCCUGACUCUGAAGCAGAACGGAGGUUUCUCAGAAGUUCCACUGGUCCAGGAUGAGCCAGCUGACUUGAGUUCUCCACAGAGGGUCAGGGCUCUUCUACAAGGCAGGACUAGCUUAUCCUUGACUGGCUCUGAGGCUCCCAGUGCUGAUGUCUCCUCUGACAGUGUUUUCCCCUCCAGUGUUUUCUCCUCUGCCAUUGCUCGGAGACAGGAGAGUGAAUUGAUCCCUGUGGAUCUCAAGCUGGGGAAGGGCGCUGCCUGUAAAACAGAACCUGAGAUAAUACCGGUGUAUCAGAAUCCUGAACCUAAGCGUGAACACCUCUCCAAAUGUAUGCCUUAUGAGGAUUCCACAGAGCAGGACUGCAAAGUUCCCUCUCUCAAAGAGCUCUCCAGUUCACACUUAUCCAAACCAUCACAAAGCUGUUGAAAUGCAGGCAUGAAAGCAUGCCUGCCUAAAAAUGUCUCACUGCUAACACUUGUCUACUUCAUCACUCCUUUCUGCCUUUUCACUCCCUCUCCCACCCGUUUAGCAAAUACAUGUUAUGGACAAUCAUUUUCUGUGCAUUAGUAAUCCAUAAAACACUACUACUGUACUAACUGAUUUUACCCUGUGGUUUACCUAAGGAUAAAGUGACCCACUCAGUUGGAGUAUAUUUUAUAUUCAGAACAUAUAGCAUUGAAGAGGUUUGGUUAAUAAAGGUUAUUUAACAUGAUUUGGGGAACAUUUGGUUUUGUUGUUUAAAAGGUCUAAGUAUGUGGUGCUGUUUCAGAAACAAUGUAAGUCAUAUAUUUUGAGAUUCUUUGUACGUCGCAUUGCAAAUCACUUCAUAGAUGUACAUCUACACAGCCGCUAAUAUAAAACCCAGUUCCACAGGAAUUGGAAGGCUACUGUAUUUUUCUGUCAUAUUUUAUGGUCAAAAUAUGCUAUUUUAUGCUAAAUAGUUAGUUUUAUAUAUAGUGUAAGCCAGCUUUAUCAUUUUUCAUCUAUUCAUUGACAUGCCAUCAUUUGAGGCAUGAUCCUUCUACCAUUUUAUUUGUCCUUGCUUUUUGUUUUAUUUUUUCUCUUUAGAACUUAACUAAAACGAGAUCCUUGUGCUGUUUUUCAUUGUGUUGAUUUUGGUGUCUGUUAUACUGUUAAAUGUUAAACUUUGUUCUUUGUGCAAUUAGUCGUUCUUAGGCUUUAAGGAUACUUGUUCACUGAGAGCUUGGUUCCUUUUAUAUUAAGGGCAUUGCUUUUAUUGUUAAACUUUUAUUUUAUAUGAAUAAGGACUUGUUUUUAGCCACCUGUGAGGGCUCAUUCUUAGCCAUUUACACUUCAGUAUAGAAUUUAAGAACAUGUUUACAGAGAAGCAGAUAUGGAGUGACUGUGAGAGGACCACAAAUAGCUUUUCUCACACUUUAUCUUUCUCUGUCUCUCUCUUUCUCAGUCUUCAUUACUGGUUUACAGCAUUAAUUCAACCGAAUGAAUCGCAAAUAAUUUGUGAUUUGAUUCAGCAGCACUGUUUAAUGAGUCUGGCAUUAAUCCAUUAUUGUAUUGUAUCCAACAGUGUUGGACACUUGUUGUUUCUUUUCUUUUCUUUUCUUUUCUGUACUUGAAAAACAACCAAAUACAAAACUGCUCUUUAUUUAAAGUCAUAGGAGCUAUGGAAAGGUGCCUAAGUCUUACUAGUGUCAAAUUCAGACUGUUUCAUUAUUUUAUGUUUGUAGCGGUUUUAAGCAUUUGCCAAAAUACUUGGUUUGGUGAAGGUAUUUUGAGAAGCAACAACAAAACCUAUGGUGAUUAAUGUGGGUCAGUAACCUUUUAAUGAUACUGUUUGAUUUCCUCUUCCCCCACCCCCUUCUCUUUUAAUAUUCUAUGGACUGUCUGAAAGGAACUCCCUGUUUAUAAGUUUGCAUUUUCCCACUCUUCUCUUUUAGAAUAUCCAUUUUAAAGAAACCGGACUCUGGCAGAAUGUCAUAACAACACUGAAUAUUUAUAAUAAAGUUACUCUGAUCUUGUGU